AGGUUUUCCUACAGAUUUUGAGCAUCUGAAGUCGGCUUCUGAAUCCAAGCAUACCCUGGUGCUCCCUCACCCUUUGAAGAAAUGUCUGUCGCUUACGAUGAUUCCGUUGGCGUAGAAGUCUCCAGCGAUAGCUUCUGGGAGGUCGGGAACUACAAGCGGACGGUGAAGCGGAUUGACGAUGGCCACCGGCUGUGCAGUGACCUCAUGAACUGCCUGCAUGAGCGGGCACGCAUUGAGAAGGCCUACGCCCAGCAGCUCACCGAGUGGGCCCGGCGCUGGAGGCUGCUCGUGGACAAGGGGCCGCAGUACGGGACAGUGGAGAAGGCCUGGACAGCCGUCAUGGUCGAGGCGGAGAGAGUGAGCGAGCUGCACCUGGAUGUGAAGGCCGCGCUGAUGAACGAGGACUUCGAGAAGAUCAAGAAUUGGCAGAAGGAGGCCUUCCACAAGCAGAUGAUGGGAGGCUUCAAGGAGACCAAGGAAGCUGAGGAUGGCUUCCGGAAGGCACAGAAGCCCUGGGCCAAGAAACUGAAAGAGGUGGAAGCAGCAAAGAAAGCCUACCACGCAGCUUGCAAAGAGGAGAAGCUGGCGAUAUCACGAGAAAGCAACAGCAAAGCCGACCCGUCCCUCAACCCUGAGCAGCUAAAGAAAUUGCAAGACAAAGUAGAAAAAUGCAAGCAAGAUGUUCUCAGGACCAAAGAAAAGUAUGAGAAGUCCCUGAAGGAGCUGGACCAGAGCACCCCCCAGUACAUGGAGAACAUGGAGCAGGUCUUCGAGCAGUGUCAGCAGUUCGAGGAGAAGCGCCUGCGCUUCUUCCGGGAGGUUCUGCUGGAGGUUCAGAAGCACCUAGACCUGUCCACCGUGGCCAGCUACAAAAACAUCUACCGCGACCUGGAACAGAGCAUCAAAGCUGCAGAUGCAGUGGAGGACCUGAGGUGGUUCAAAGCCAAUCACGGGCCCGGCAUGUCCAUGAACUGGCCUCAGUUUGAGGAGUGGUCUGCAGACAUGAAUCGAACGCUCAGCCGGAGAGAGAAGAAGAAGGCAGCCGACGGCGUCACCCUGACAGGCGUCAACCAGACGGGUGACCAGCCUCUGCACGACAAGCACAGCAGCAACCUUAGUGUCCCGAGCAACCCUGCGCAGUCAGCGCAGUCACAGCCCAGCUACAACCCCUUCGAGGACGAGGACGACACGGGGAGCACCGUCAGUGAGAAGGAGGACAUUAAGGCCAAAAACGUGAGCAGCUAUGAGAAGACCCAGACCUACCCCACGGACUGGUCAGACGACGAGUCUAACAACCCAUUCUCCGUGGAUGCCAAUGGGGACUCAAACCCAUUUGACGAGGACACCACCUCAGGGAUGGAGGUGCGGGUCCGGGCCCUUUACGACUACGAAGGCCAGGAGCAUGACGAGCUGAGCUUCAAAGCUGGGGACGAGCUGACCAAGAUAGAGGACGAGGAUGAGCAGGGCUGGUGCAAAGGACGUCUGGACAACGGACACGUUGGCCUCUACCCGGCGAAUUAUGUCGAGGCGAUCCAGUGACUGGGGCCAGCGGGCAGGCUGGCGGGGGGCUAGAGACAGCUGUUAGCUCCGUUAGCUGUUGGCCCAUUGCAGCGGCACCUCCAGCACUCCCAGCUGGCCAUGUGGGGCGUCCACUCCUUUUCCUGCAAAAGAUGAUGGUUCCGUUGCUCUUGGCUUCAUGGUGUCCCUUGAAGGCAGACGAGUUGGUCAUUUUACCAGAGCGCACAGAGAUGCCUGAGCACAGGACGAAGUACAACAGAAAUAGCCAGGCCCUCCCGCUCCCCCGCUGGCUGUGCUCAUUGGUUUAUGGAUUUGUAUGUUCUCUACCUUGUCUUUCCUUCUCUCCUCAAGCCAAUGUGGUUACCACUGAUUUCUGCUCCACCGAUCACUGUCUCCGACGUGUCCCAUCACGUCCAUCCUAAAUGAACAAACUCGUGCCAUUUUCUGAGUGAAGAUUUUGAGAUUUUUAAUUUAAAGGCUGUGUACAGUUAUACUUUUUUAUAUACCUGUUCCUCCAUUCAUUUAUUCUUAAAUUAUGGCAUAAAUUGAUGUACACCAGUCUUGACAAAAUGAUCUAUUUCCAUGUUGUACUGUUAAUCGCCCGUGCACUGCACAGGUUAAGCUGUGGGAAAUGUAGCCUAUUCAGACGGAUGAUGUUUGAGGCAAGAGGCCGAGAAAGAUGGCAGCCAUCUGCUUGUGAAUGCCCUUCAAGUCCGGGAGCUUUGAAUGCGCGUCCCAGAAGUAACCUGUGUAGGACUCGGAGAAGCUGCCAUAUUUAAAAACCAUUUUCACUCUGUUCUUGCUUAAACUUGACUCUUUUGCAGAUUAACAAUUUCCUUAGUGAUUCGGAAGGUUAAAAGUAAGAAGACCAACUUCAAGCCAAUGUAUCUGUAAAAUAGAUUAAGAUGCUUUCUACUAGACUAUCAUGUCUUGGUGUAUAUCUGUAUAUAUUAUUUGAUAUACAGAGAAUCUAAAGAGCUUGUCUACUGUGUUAAUGAGAGUGAAUGGCUUUUGACAGUGGGUUUGCCGUAUUUUACCCAACUAACGCGCACCUUCUGUUUAUUGGCCAACUGCGCCCUCCCCCUACAAGGUAUUUUUGUAAGCUCACUAUGCUAAUUUAUUUUUUUUUUACAGCUGUGUGUAAAAAAAAAAUUGACAUAGCAGCGGUGCUUAUGAAUAUACCUCACCAGGAGAGGGCGCAGUUGGCAAAUAAACGUAGAAAGCACGUGUUAUUUGCAUAAAAAUACGAUAAUGCAUAAACUGCUUGAAGCCCAUGAACUUGGCACACGAGUCUGGCUGGUGGGCCAAGCUCUGAGGUGGAGAAGCCGGCUGUAGUGAAAUCGCAUCCACUCCGGCCAGCUGCGAGGCCCGUGUUUAAGUAGCCUUCGCCCUAUGCGUAGCAGAACACUGUAAAAACUCCUGUGUCUUCCCAGCAGUGGCAGAUUUCGCAGUCAUCAUAUUCUUUGUGAGCAAACAAAGGCCGGGUCUCAUCUGCAGCACCAGGGUCUCCCAAGCAUCCUCAGUCCCCCAGAAGCAGAAGUGUGCGGCAGGAAGCUCCACUGUGAUCGCAGAGUAGGGCGAGAGGGGACCCUCUAUUUUGUGUGGCUCAGAUCUGGUGAAGUUACUGCCGCCGCCAGCACAAGCUAUGCAUUGAUAGUGUUUCCAGUCAGCUCGAUGUCUUGCUUGGAAAGUCAAUAUGUGUACAUGUUUGUCAUGAAAACUUACCAGCAGAAAUCCUCAUACCUAUGCUACAGAUUUACCAAAAAUUGUCACGUCUUUUAAGUUUAGGCGUUUCUUGAAACAUAUAGUAUUUUAGAAAAUCAAUAAACAGUUGAUCUCA